AUGUAUCGCGACGCGUGCGUCAAGGUCGCCUUGAGGUAUGCACGACGCAAUGCGAUCCGCGAAACUUCGAGACAAAACCGGCGAUUCAAAUUGUGCUGGCGGGCAAGGCACUAUAAGUCAAAAGCGGAGGUUUUCGAGCACAAGAUCAUCGUCAAGGAAGAGAAAACCAGGAGAACAUAUAAGAAGGUCGCGAAAAAGGACGGUCAAAUUCUCAUACUGGACGAAGACAACAGACCAGCGUACAACGUACGAUUUAAGCCAGGUAGCGUGAUUUGGAUCGAUCAGCUUGAGAAUGCAGCUCCGGAUCCUGCAGAAAGCCUGUCCGCAAACCUAUCUGAUGAACAUAGAGAGGGGCAUAGAAAAUGGACUGACUAUCUGAGAAUCUCUCCUGCCGCAGAUGGCGGAAAAAUACCAUAUAUUGUCGAGAACGUCGAAAACUCUGAGACACCUGUUCUCAAACUGCGGUGCUCUUUGAGAGGGCCUUUUAAAUGGGUUUCUAUCUAUGGGGAAAAUGAGCACGAUUGGGAAGGGAUUGCCCGAGCGGAGGGAGCGAAGGGGAAGGGCAUGUUUACGUUGUCAUUUAUAUUGAAAUUCUGUGACAUGUUGUCUCAACCGCGGUAUGAGCAAUCGCUUUUUUUUCCUUGGAACGAGGAAGAAGAGAAAAAAGAGGCACACGAGUGCGAGCGUCAGAUACAACUGGACAAGAUACGUAAAGAGGCGGUGCUGGUAGCCCUCGCAUUCGCUGCGCGCGACAUAGCCUUGCCCGCUUCUAACGCGGUCCAAGCUUAA